AUGUCUCGGGGUCUGGCUGGGCGACUUGAAGCUGAUCGUAAAUGGUAUGAUGUAGCUUCCUAUGCAGUGCGGUGCAAUAUCGAAUCUGAAGAUUCUCCCGAUCCUGUUGAUCGAUUUGCAGCUAGGGUCUUUACAACUCGUAAAGACACGGCACGGCAGAGCGAGCAGUGGGCAUCUCGACGCCUUAGAGAAGGCCUGGCCAAGCACCGUGCUGGUGGUAACUUGGACGAGGCGUUGGUAUACUAUGAUUCAGCGUUGAGUCUUAAGCCUGACCACCCUGAUGCCUUAGUGGCUAAGGGAGCUGCCUUGACGACUAAGGGGAAGUACAGUGAAGCUGUUGAGUGUUUUGAAGGGGCUUUGAGAGUUAAACCUGAUCAUGUAAAUGCUAGAAAAUAUAGAGAGAUUGCUAUUAAGAGGAGUGGGAUGAAAUCGAUCGGCUCGUCUUCGGGUAGUCGGUCGGUGAUUAGUCUGGAGGACGAGUCGGAUACGGAGCGCCCGCGGCACAAGCAUCACCAUAAGAAGAAGAAGCGGCGUACCUGA